AUGUGUGAUAGGCUCAAAGAAUUUGUGGCUUUGGGGCAGGAGUUAGGCUAUGAGGGAGGUGAGUUAAGGGAGUUUGUUAAAGGUCAACAAGCUGCGGAGCGAGAUGAAAGGCACGAAAGAGCUGAAGCUAGGAAAUUGGAAUUAGAAGCAGAGGAGAGGAAAAACUUAAGACAGCAUGAACUACAAAAAAUUAAAUUAAGUUCUCCUAGUUCAUUAGGGCUGGAGGGGACUUCCAUUGUGGAGACAGAUAGGUUUGGGUGGACAACGGUACUCAAGUUGGUUCCAAAAUUCAAUGAAAGUGAGGUAUCAAAAUAUUUCCAGUCCUUUGAAAAGCUCAUGAAAAACAGUUUAGCUGUAAGUGAAUCCGGUAUUAGGAAACUAGUUACAGUAUUAAGGGAUACGGGUGCGGCCAUAUCAGUUGUCCUCAAGUCUUCCCUACCCGAUGAUCCGGUUGCUGGGGAUGAGUUUGUCUUGAUUGGGGGGUUUCCUGAUGCUUGUAUUGCUUGCCCUUUGCAAACCAUUUAUUUAGACACAGAUUACGUUACGGGUCUAGUUAAGGUCGCGGUGGCAGAUACAUUACCUGUCAAAGGGGUUGAUAUCCUAUUAGGAAAUGAUUUAGGAAAAGAAAGUUGCCUUGUGAAUCCUAUUGUAAUGAAAACUCCUACACCUGAAGCUGAAGUAGCAGUCGUAACUAGAUCUGGAUUUGUUACUGAUUCUGAUAAUUAUGAUUUAGAUCUAGGUAGCAAUGUUGAUAGCUCAUUAAUCAGCGCACCUCUAGAAACAUCUUUACAAAGAGAUGACUUAAUUAGAGCUCAGAGGGAUGAUGUAAGUUUAAAACAUAUCUUUGAGAAAUGUGAAGAAGGCUCAGGAAAUGAUGUUUAUGUUAAGGAAAAGUUCAUUUUGAAGAAUAACUUGUUACAUAGAUUGUCACGACCGAUUUACGCUAAUAGUAAUGAAGUAAUUGACCAGGUAGUAAUUCCCUUUAAAUUACGACCGAAAAUAAGCUUGGCUCACGACAAUAUAAUGAGCGGUCACUUAGGCGUAAACAAAACUUUUAAGAAAAUGUAUGACUCAUUCUAUUGGCCAUCGUUGAGGAGGGAUGUGAAGAACUUCGUAAAUUCCUGUCACGAGUGUCCGAUGGCAGGAAAACUUAACAAACCAAUUCCUAAAGCACCUUUAAUUAAUAACCCGGUUACUGGAGAGCCGUUUGAGCACAUAGUAAUAGAUAUUGUGGGACCCUUACCGAGAAGUAAGAGGGGAAACUGCUAUAUAUUCUCAAUUAUUGAUAGAAUGUCACGAUUCCCAGAAGCAAUUCCCAUUCGGAACGCUAAAGCUAAGGCAGUAGUGCAACAUCUCAUCGCAUGUUUUACUAGAUUUGGGUUGCCUAAAACACUUCAGUCUGACAAUGGGAGCAAUUUUACAGGCAAGUUUUUCAAGGACCAGAUGAGAAACUUCGGUAUAAAGCACAUUACCUCUACCCCUUAUCAUCCCGAAAGUCAGGGUGUCAUUGAAAGAUUCCACCAGACCUUGAAACACAUUCUUAGGAAGUUAUGUAGUGGUGAAGAUAAUCUUUGGGAUGUCAUGUUGCCCUAUGCUUUGUUUGCUUUGAGACAAGCACCAAGUGAAACAUUAGGUCUUUCGCCUUUUGAUUUGGUGUUUGGACAUAAAGUGAGGAGUCCUGUAGAGGUUUUGAGAGAAACUUGGGAUGAUGAGAAAGAAGUUAAUGUUGCAGACAAAAUUGAUAAUUUUAAAACUAAGUUAUUUAGAGCUUGGGAUUUAGCUAGAGAAAACCAGGCAAGUGCUCAUCAGAAAAAUAAAAUAGUUUACGACAGGAAAGCAAAGUCUCGGGUCUUUGAGAAAGGCGAUUUAGUAUUAGCUCUUUUUCCGAAGGAAGGAAGUUCACUUAAGUAUAAGUUUAGUGGUCCUUAUAAGGUCCUGGAUAAAAAGGGAGAUGUUAAUUACCUUUUACAGUGUGACGGUGAGUUCGAGUGGUGUAACCCUGAACCCGCGGGGAAAAAGCCUUGGACCACGACUGCCGAGGAGGAAAGGAACGGGUCCCCUCGAUACUGGUGGACUUGUUGGAUAGUCUUUGAUGGACCUGUUGGAUGGUCUUAUUUAACGUUACUGGGUUGCUCAGGAACAGUUUAUGGCAAGUACGACUUCAGGGAAGUCUUGGAGUUUCGCAGUCUAGAGAAUGCUGGCCAGCACACUGGGCUCUUGAAUGUUGUCCAUUGA